AUGUCCGUCGCCCACGCAGUCGCCGACCUGGUCGCCCACGCGUUCUCCUACGCAGAGCCCGUCGAACACGCCGAUCCAGUCGCCCACGCCCUUCGUCAGCCGAGCGGCCGCCACAUCGCCCCCCGCGCCGUCGCGGUCGCCGACGCAGUCAUCCACGCCACCCACGCCCUCGGCGUCGCCUACCUUCUCCCCGUCGGCGUCGGUGUCGACCUCCGCCACCGUCGCGCCCACCCGGACGCCCACCUCGUCGCCCACCCCAUCGUCCUCGCCCCCGGCUUCGCCCAGCAGCUCGCCCACCAACUCGCCCACACCCUCCACCACGAGCUCCAACUCGCCCACCAACUCGCCCACGCGCUCGGCGACGCCCACCACAUCGACCACACCGACGCCGUCGCCCUCGCGUACCACCACGCCAUCACCCACCAGUUGCCCACGCGCUCGCCGUCGAACACACGCACGCCGACGCCGACCAUCUCGUUCACGCCCUCGGUCACGCCGACUAGCUUGUUCACGCCGUCGUCCACGCCGUCGGUGUCGCCGCCCAACUCGCGCACACCCUCGAACUCGCCGCCGGUUUCUGGCACGCCGACCAACUCGCGCACGCCCUCGCCGACCAUCUCCGGCUCGCGCUCGCCGACACCCACGAUCUCGAUCACGCUCUCGAUCACGCCUACAAUCUCGGUCACGCCGUCGAUCACACCGACCAUCUCGGUCACGCCCUCCAACACGCGCUCGCCCUCGCCCACCAUCUCCGGCUCGCGCUCGCCGACGCCCACCAUCUCGGUCACGCCGUCAAUCACGCCGACCAUCUCGGUCACGCCCUCCAACACGCGCACGCCGACGCCCACCAUAUCGGUCACGCCUUCGACCACGCCCACCAACUCGCGCACGCCCUCGCCCAGCGCCACCAGCUCGCCGUCCAACUCAGUCUCGCGCGACGCCCAGCCGCUCGGUAUAACCCUCCACUACCGCCUCGAGGGUCGACCUCUUCACCACGAAGCCCUUCGUCUCGGUCGAGGUGCUGCCCAGCGCCAGCGCCAGCCCCGCGGCCGCGACACCCUCGACCACGCCGACCCUGGGUCUACUUCGCCGACGCCCUCGCCGACGGCCUCUACCACGCCCACAUCGUCGGUCCCCGCCGGCGCCACGUCGCCCACGGGCCUGUCUACACCGACCGUGGCCACGCCCACGCCCACGCCCGGAACUGGUGCCGAGGCGUCGAUCGGCUUCGCGACUGUGUCGCCGACGCGUACGACCAGCCCCAGCUCGUCGCCUAGCGGCUCGGCCCAAUUGGUGGUGGCCUCCCCCAGCCGAAGCGACUUCACGGUCCUGCCCUUCGUCACCUUCGUCGCGGGCGCCUCGCCCUCGCCCUCCACCACCUCGGUCGCGGCGCCCACGCUCUCACCGUCGCCCACCGGCACCCCCGCGCCGGCCUCCCCCACGCCUUCGACCACCGCGGCCUCCCCCACGCCCUCCGGAUCACGGUCGUCUACGCCGUCGGUCUUGCUGUCGCCCAGCACCAGCCCGAGCAGCGCCCAGGGCAGCUCCAGCGGAGACCUGUCGGCUUCGCCGUCGCCGAUCAACCGCGGCGGCACAUUCACGACGUUGCCCUUCGUCAUUAUCCUGGCCUCGCCCACGACUGAGACCAAGCGUGAGGCCUUGACCGCUGAUGAGCCGCAGCGCGUCGGCCGCUCCCUUUCUUCCUUAUAA